AUGACCAUCCAAGCCCCUGAUCAGCUCCCCUGGGACCCCAACUGCACGCAAUUUCCCUCUCGAAAGGAACUCCCCAAGAUCCCGGGAGCACCGGACGGUGCCGCCUGGGUCUGGGGCAAGGACGAUGAGAUAGGACGCCUGAACCUUCUGACUCCAGCACGAGUCAAGGCCGCCGCCGCAGAAAUCCAAACCGGUGAGAUGAUCCGACUCGAUCUCCCCCUCCACAUCCCCGAACACCCGGCCUUCGGCCGCGAACCCUUCGAACACAAGAUCAAAACAGUGCUAAAAGACAUCGUCUAUGACGACACGUACUCCCUCAACCCCCAAAGCGGGACUCAAUGGGACGGCUUCCGCCACUUCGCCCACAUCGACACCAAACAAUUCUACAACGGCACCACCUCCACCGACAUAGAGCAGCCCACCCCAACAAGCCGCUGCAGCAUCCACCAUUGGGCAACCCACGGCAUCGCCGCCCGCGCCCUCCUCCUCGACUACCACCACUACGCCCAAACAACCAACACCCCCUACGAUCCCUACACCUCCCACCCCAUAACCCUCGCCGCCCUAACCGCCUGCGCCAAAUCCCAAGGCAUCGACCUCCGCCCAGCCUCCCAAGGUGGCGACAUCCAAAUCGGCGACAUCCUCCUCAUCCGCUCCGGCUUCGUCACCCGCUACAACGAGCUCUCCUCCGAGCAGCGCGCAGCCGCCGCAGCCCGCUCCCACGAAGACGUCUCCUGGGCUGGCGUAUCCCAGGAUCAGGAUAUGGUGGACUGGUUGCAUGAUUGCUACUUUGCGGCCGUGGCGGGCGAUUCGCCGACGUUUGAGUGCUGGCCGCCGGUCCCGGGCACAGGGUACUUGCAUGAAAGUAUAUUGGCGCUGUGGGGAAUGCCGUUGGGGGAGAUGUGGGAUUUGGAGAGGAUUGCGGCGAGGUGUAGGGAGAUUGGUCGGUGGAGGUUUUUUGUGUCGAGCGCGCCGGCGAAUGUGGUGGGUGGCGUGGGGUCGCAUGCUAAUGCUUUUGCGAUUAUGUAG